GGGUUUUAUUUGUAGACUUGACAAAUACACAUUUACACGUAACUUAAGAAUACAAUACCAACGAGCAAAAUGGCUGUAGUAAAAUUAAAAAGGUUGAAUCAGUUUCUUUUUACUAAAUAAAAAGAAACUGAUUGUCAAAUAGCAUCAAAAGUGUAAACAUACAUUUGUAGUCAAACGUGUAGAUCCUGUUAGGGGGAACUACUUUGCCGGCAAACAGCAAUGAAUGCCUCCACCCCCUUUCUAAAGAGUAUCAUGCAGCUGUGGUAAGCACUUGGUAGGAGAAAAGUAAGUCAAAAACUUACCCAAAGGUGUUAUAUUGUUGUUGUGGGAAUAUAAAGGUUUUAUUGAUGGGCUACAAGGACUUAUCAUAUCGGUCCUGGUUGUGAUUUAUUGUAUGUCAGAUAUGAAGUUUGGCGGUCGACCAGUGUGUAAGCUGAAGUCCCAGAAAAUCUUGGCAACCCUGUGUUUGUUUAUGGCGUUGGCGCUUCUAUUAUUCUAUGACCCAUUUCUACUCAUCUGGGAGCCUGAGAAUCCUGCUGAGAAAAGUGUGGCUUUGCCUCUGGAUAUGGCUACGGAUUCCAUUGAUGACAUGUAUGAUGGUUGCCGGUCGCAAACAGCCUCAGUGAUCGACCUGUUUGGCGUGUUUGAGUGGCACUACAACAGAAAGUUCAGCAUUGCCUGGGCUCUAGUUGAAAGCAGUGCAAAGAAACCAGUGCACGCACAGCUGAAAGAAGACCAUGCUAUAGUACUUUACAUGUACACAAAGCUGACAUAUAUACAACACAUCUUCAACCAAGCAGUGAAAACAGGGAAACACAAGUACUGCACAUCUACAUUUAGGUUCCACUAUUUUUACUUCUUCCUCACAGAUGCAAUUCAAGUUCUGCGUACAAACCAGACAUUGUGCAGAACCACGUAUUACAGGACAUGGGAACGUUUUGACCACAAUGUCAUCAACACUAACAUGCGCUUUGGUGCUUUUACCUGGGUAGCUUCAAGCAAGCAGUCAUUUGACUUUAAAGGCAAUGUUUCUUGUUUUGAGAUCUACUCAUGCUUCGGUGCUGAUAUAACACAUUACUCUGCUACAAACCAAAAGGGACAGGUGCUAAUUCCUCCCUAUGAGGUCUUCAAAAUCACUGAUGUGCUGACAAACGACCCAUGGUGCAGUGUGGUCUACAAGCUACAGAGCACCAAGGCACCAAGAAGGGAUUUGAAUUGUAAAUUGAAUCAAAAGGAAAUAAAAAGUUAUUUACGAUACUUGUACACAUGGAGUGCAUGGACGAUGUUAGCAUACAUAUUGCUGUUAAUAAUAAUCUCUUUAGUCCUUGUACAACGCAGGGAGAUGUGUUUUGUCGCUGCAGUGCUGGGGGCUCUUCUGGUACUGAUAGUUAUUCUGGUGAUAUGUAGAGUUGCUCUUUGAUAAAAGACGGCAGAUGGUGUGUAUCUGGGGUACUUUAUCAUGUGUUGUUGCUUAUUGAGAGAAUUUAUCAUUUAUGUUUGAAAGUAAUAAGGAAAUAAAAAUGUUAUACUAGUGAAACAAAAAAUAUAUAAUAAAUAAAAAAUGCUUAAAACG